AAUAUAAUUAUAUAGAACACAAUCGUGAAGCGGGUUGUUUUGAAUGGUGGACUUGUCACAACUUGACAGAUUCGAAAAUGUGUAUUGGUUGAUACACAAUCAAUAGAAACAUAAGCAUAGCCUAUUGUAAUCAUGUAUUAAUCGUGUAGUGGAUGGAAUUGUAUACAUGUUGUGUAUCUGUUUUGCUGAUUUAGUUAACAUAGUAAAUUAUAAGAUCAUGAAUUCGAUCUCCGUUCGCAUACACACAGACAAUAAUUAUCAGAAUUGACGUGCUACAUAUAUCGAAUAGUUUAUAUAUCUACAUAAAUAUUCAUUUGGUUAAAAUGGCUGACGAACUUUUCUCUAAGCGUAUUCCUGUGGUUUUCAAAUCACAAGACAGAGAAGACAGACGAGCAUCUGUUUCAGUCAAAAUGGAGUUGGCAACUGUGACUGCACCAACAACUAGAAAGGAAUUGGUUGUGAGGCUGACAGAUGAAAAAGAUUUGUUCUUCCUGUACACACUGAGGCUAGGGGAGGAAGACUUUCAAAGUUUGAAGAUGCAACAGGGGCUGCUGGUUGAUUUCGGAGCUUUCCCACAAAAGUUUAUAGACCUUCUGGAGAUGUGCCUCAAGGAAGAACAAAAAGAGGUUCCAAAGUUUGUGUUACACAUCGUGAGUCAAGGGAGUUUCACAGGGGACCGCUGUACUGCGACACUGAAUAUCGUGGAGACCAACCCUUUCAAGCACCUUAACCACCUGUCUUUGAAGUUUGUGCCUGGCUCGGACGCAGAUGUGAAAAAAUACCUGGCCGACUGCCUCAAACAGUUUAAGGAGACCAACAGUUUACUGCAACAGAGGCUGGAACACACAGAUGCAGACCUGAAUCAUCGAUUAAAAAACACACAGGAACUGCUGAAUUCUAAAACUAUUGAGCUGGACAACUUGAAGGCAGAAUGGACAGCCAAACUGAAUGACCAGAUGGCUCGACACAAACAGGAACUAGCCACCGAGAAAGAACGCAUCUUUCAAAUGCAGUCCAGCAGCCAGCAGAAGCAGGAACUGGAGAGGCGAGAGCUUGAGCAGAACCACAGCAAGAGUGUGCAGCAGCUUGAGGCACGCCUGUAUGAAGUGGAGAAUGUCAAUAAGGAUUUAACUGAGCGUAGGUACAAGAAUGAGGCCACGAUUCGAGACCUUAAGUCCAAACUGACCACAUUGGAAGAGGAGAGCUCGCACAUGAAGCAGGAUAUUCAAGGCUUGCGGAAACAGAAUUCAUCUCUAGAUGCAGAUUACCAUGGGCAAGAGAAGGUAAUAAAUCAGCUGAGAAUGAGAGUUGCUGUGCUUGAACAAGAAAUUAAGGACAAGGAGCAGGUCUUAAGCAAGUCAUCAGAUCUUCUUGGAGCCGAACAAGAGAAAAAGCGACGAUACGAAGAUGACAUGGAGAACCAGAAAAACCAGAUUAAUAAACUCAAUGGCAAGAUGAAGGCCAUGUCAGAGGAACUGAUGAAAGGAAAUGAGAUUAUCAAGAAACUUCAGGGAGAGAUCAAAAACUACCAUGGAAAGAUCAAGUUACGUACCCAGAUUGCCACGGAGCAGGAGAAGCUUCUCAAUGAGAAGGAGCAGGAGUUGGAGCGUACCAGACAGGAGCUGGCAACCACCAAGGACGAGCUGGGCCAAACAUCGGAAAAAUCCAAAUCUCUGCAAGAAAAGUACGACACAACUGUGAAAAAGCUAGAGGAGUGCAGAGACUUACUGAAAACAAAUGAAAAUGUUAUACAAUGGCUCAACAAACAGAUCAAUGAGACUCAGCUGCAGCAGAGAGCUGGCACCUUUGAAAUGCCUACAACCACCUUCAGGCCAUCUGGAGCAGCCUUGCACAACUACAGUACCUCCAGCUAUGGUUCUGGGGCCUUAUCCCACCCAGGGGCGGGUGACAGAGGAAUAGGGGUGGGUAUGCCACGCCCAUACACUGCCACCCUUCCUCACAAACCUCAGGUACAGUACAAUCCAGGUAACCCUCGUAAGAGUAACCUCCCUAUGCCCUCGUCCCUAAGGAAUGGAGCACCACCUAUACCAGAGGAGAUUAGGCCAACGGGGAGUCAGAACAACUCACCUGGCUCAAACAACUCCAACCAUUCUGCUGGUGAUAAAGAGAAUGAUCCCCCAUUAGACCCACGGUACUUCAGCAAAAGGGACGAUGCAAUAGCUAUUCGCGGAGUGUCGUCAACUCGUAGCACGAGUCCACCCACAAUCCACUCUUCGCUACCAACACAUGUGAACUCUCGCCUUAGUCAACAGCAGAUUGUUAUACCAAAGCCAACACACGUGCAAGCACCCCCGCUUGCCUCCGCAUACUUUCCAGGACAGAAGGGUUCCUGAUAGUUAACUGAUUUGAGCAGCAAACAGCUUAAAACCUGACAAGACUGUGAGUCACUUGCUGUUCUGGUUUUAUGCUGGUUGCAUAUAGCCAUUUUCACUUUGCUACUUAGCAAGAAAGGGUUAACUCGCUCGGUUUUUGGUCUUUUGGAUCUUUUACGUUUCUGGAUUGUUGCAGGAAAAUGCUGAUGCUGAGGAAACUUUAGUGGCUUCAUGUUCUUCAACAGACUGCUGGUUGUUUGCAGCAUUAAGUGUGGAUGCUUUGCAUAGCAUAAGUGUCUUGUUAUAUGCCCCAAAAGUUGUCAGAUCAUUCAAACUUUUCAGUCAUCCAAUCACAUUUUCAGGCCCUUGUCCUAUUCUUAAGACAACUCUAAUUUAUGAUUGACUUUUCAGCUCACAACAAACAGACAUUUAUGAUCAAUAUUUCCUAAAAUAAAAGGUAUGUGAAAGAUUACAUAGAAAACAGGUUACUUUCCAAACGUUUUGUAAAAUAUAAGGCUUUUCUGCGAAUACAAAGCCUUUUUGUUAUUUUAUAAAAGGCCUCACCAGAUAUAUUACUAAACAAUAGGUCGGUAACAACUGUUGUUCUCUAUGUAUCAUUAACCCUUUCAGUGCUGGAACCGAAUUUUGAAGGCCUUUGCUAACAGUUUGGAUCCUGAUGAGACGCCACAGAGCGUGGCGUUUCAUAAGGAUCCAAACUGUUUGCUAUUCUGAUAGUAUUCUUUGAAAAAAAUCGAAGAAAAUGCUAAUUUUGGAAAUUCAGCAUACAACAUUUUAGCAGACGACAAAUUUCCCAGCAUGCAAAGGGUUACGUUGUGUUACACCAGGCCAUGCUCCAGGUCCUCGACAGUUCAUAUGUGUGUAAUAAGAUUAGCAUUAGCUCACUGUUUUCACAUUGCCAUGGACCUGCAUUAGUAAAGGUGUACAUACAAAUGACAUGUUUGAGUGCCAUCAAUGGGUAUUUUGCCUUAGGAGGCCACAGUAGCCCCAUCCCAUCCUGCACAACUGGCGAGUCUGGCUAGGAGCUCUCUGUCCAGUAAUGAGACCAUAAAACCUUAGGUGAUUUUGUAAGUGGACAGCAUAGCUCCUGGCCAGAGUGGGCUAUUGAAGCUACUCUGGAUACAUAUGGACACAUAAGUCCAAUUUUUCGCAUGACCGGGAAAUUUUUGUGUCGAAUCAUCACACUCAUUGAACUUCUGUGUUGUUAAAUGUUUAAGUAUAUUAAUAUUAUUUUUGACUGUCCAAAAUAAGACUCAAGCCUGUCAUCCGAAAGAAAAGUCCAGAAAUUUAGGCCUGAUUACGAUGUUUAAAUUGAUUUACUUUAACUUGUGUUUUGAUGGAUGAAUUUGUUAUUUUAAAUCUUUUUAUUAUGUACGUCCAAUAUCCGUAAAGAACCUUGUUGUAGUGCUCAUUAUAAGCCAUCAUGAAAUUUAGACUGAUUUAAUUAUUAUUGCUGUAAGUCAUUCCUUAUAAAGCUGAAAAAUGAUUUUCCAUAUAUUGUUAUUGAUCAGUGAAAUUGUAUAAAUUAAUUAUGUUUGUAAAUGUUGUUAUUUGUUUUGUUUUAAUAAGGUAUCUUGCCUUUGUGUUGAAGAAAUUUGAUUGAUGGUUCUCGGCAUGCAAUAUGAAUCAUUACUAUCAGUUUACAAUAGUAAACAGUAUUAUAAUCGUGUAUGCACAGAAAGUUUGUAAUUUGAGUACAAACAUAUAAGAUCUUUCUGGACUUUGCAAAUACUUGCAGGUGAAGAAAUAACAACAUUUAUAUAGUGAAUAUUAUAAGAACAUGUUGUUUGUAAAUGUUUUCAAAUCAUGUUUACACGUAAUAUAUUGAAGUAAGUGAGAAACAUGUAAACUGGAACAGUUCAGUCUGGUUUGUUUGUAAAUGUUGUUUUUACCCAAUGAAUUUCAUUUAUUCUGCAGUUAGUUAUUUACUUUGAAAGUUGAGAAUACAAACAAUUUAUUUUAGGCCUAUUAUGACCAGUCAUUAACCCAUGAUUUACAGAUACUUGUUCUAAAAAUAAAAGUUCUUAGAAACUGAAUGCUUGAACGGUGUUUGGCUUCUUCGCACUGUGUGCAUACAGCAUCUUAUACAUUCAUUAAACAUAAAAUGUCUUUGUAAAAUGCUUCAUUUAAUUACAUAAUGAACAUCUGUUGAUGUCAAGAAAUCCAUGAUUUUCAACUUAACCAACGUAAAUCUAAUGAAAUCUUGUUGACAAAAAAUUAAUGUUUUAUGUGUAGUGUGAACAUAUAUGCUUUUAAGUAUAUGUGGUACAACUUGGUGUUGAUUAUGAUUUCUUUUUCUGUCUCCAUCUCUGUCUGUCCAAGACCACAUUAAUAAAAAAGUUUUAGACUUAAGAAAAAAAUGAUGUUCAAUAAUAAAUUGCCUUUUUCAUUUUUUUGUCUGUAUUUGUUUUAAAAUGUUUAACAGUACACGAGUGUCCACUUUCAACAUUAGCUGUUAUGAAAAGUAAAUGAUUUCAUUCACAUUUUACCAAACGACUUCCUCAAAUGGGAUUUUAUCUUUAAAGUGCCUGAUUUUACACAUUGUUAAAACAGGCUAAAAGCAGUUAUUUUACAUAAAAUACCAAAAUUUGUUGAAUAGUUUGGUCUAAAUUCUAUUUAUUUUCAUGAGAUUUCUUAUUAAUCUGGUUUAUUUCAAUAUAUGGAUUGAUUAGUACAUGUAGUUAUUAUGUUUUAAUUUUACAUCACACAGCUUAACACUCCUUUCUUUCAUACAUGACCAAGGUUCAAAAUGUGUUCAAAGUACCGGUAGUUUCAUUAUAUUAAGAGAGGUAUCACAUGUAAAACGUCUGUGUUGUUUCCAUAAAAAUAAUAAGUUAUAUUUGUUGUGUCUAAUGUGAAUGUAUUAAGUAUAUAACAACUUCGUAACAAAAAUUAUUUCUUAUAAACAACGUAUGCAUGCCAUUGUUAUUUGUCUUAUUAUGUAUAAAUGCAUAAUAAAUAUUACAAUUAA